AUGGCUUCAGCGCGCGGUCCGAGAUGGCAGCAAUUCUUACAGGAAUUGGUGAUGGUUGCCGGCACUAAAGAAGAGCAACGACGUAAGUCGGCUGCUAUUCUACGGAGACUCGAUGGAGGAGAAGAGUCUGAUGAAGAUUCACCACGUAGAGAAGGCAAGCGGGGACGGAGACAAAAGCGUGGAGACCUUGCCCUGACCCAAUACGAACAAGCGAUCGCAAUGGAUGUUGUUGCCCCAGACGACAUUCCCGUAUCAUUCGAGGAUAUUGGCGGCUUGGAUGAGAUCAUUGAGGAGCUGAAAGAGUCUGUUAUCUACCCACUAACCAUGCCUCAUCUCUAUUCAUCUACGUCUUCACUACUUACAGCCCCGUCGGGUGUUCUGCUGUAUGGUCCUCCUGGGUGCGGAAAGACUAUGCUUGCCAAAGCGCUUGCUCAUGAGAGUGGAGCAUGUUUCAUUAACCUACACAUAUCAACUCUGACGGAGAAGUGGUACGGUGAUUCGAAUAAGUUGGUCAAUGCAGUCUUCUCCCUAGCCAGGAAGCUGCAGCCUUCCAUUGUCUUCAUUGACGAGAUAGACGCUGUCCUUGGCACUAGGCGGAGUGGGGAACACGAGGCAAGUGGUAUGGUUAAGGCAGAAUUCAUGACCCAUUGGGAUGGCCUUACCUCCGCGAACUCGUCGGGUGAACCCCAGCGGGUUGUUGUGAUGGGUGCAACAAACCGCAUACAGGAUAUUGACGAAGCCAUUCUCAGGCGGAUGCCUAAGAAGUUCCCGGUCGUCCUUCCUCCAGCACCACAACGACUUCGAAUCCUCAGUCUCGUACUUAAAGAUACCAAGGUAGACCGGGAGAACUUUGACCUUGACUACCUUGUUAAAGCCAUGGCAGGCAUGUCAGGCAGUGAUAUCAAGGAAGCUUGUCGCGAUGCAGCUAUGGCACCAGUUCGAGAGCUCAUUCGUGAGAAAAAGGCUGCUGGUCUUCAAAUGAACACGGUCGACCCUGAAGAGGUCCGUGGUCUUCGAACAGAAGACUUUUUCUCACGUGCUGGAGGUGUUAGAAUUAUUCCCCCGCCGGCACAGCUACAGGCACCCAUAAAGGCUAGCUCGGAGAAAGAUUGGAGUACGGAAUCUGAGGCGACGUCUGAAGUUGAAACACGGCCAUCUGCUGAAAUGGUUGAGCCGCCUGAGUGA